AUGUUGACACGAAGUAUACAUAAGCCAUCUGGGAGUUUGCUAUUGAAUAAUAUUAUAAGUAUAAGGCAACUUUCAGCGAGUAAGAGGGCAUGGGGAAAUGAUAAGAUUAAUAUUCCAUCGGUGAUACUAGACGAAUUGAGAGACACAUCAAAGAUAGCACCAUCACCCAAAAAUGGAGAUACAAAUAAAAAGAUUUUGAUAUUAGAUCCGAGCCAGACAGCUGAUAGAAAGUUUCGUAAGUUAGUUGAUUUGCAUUCGGAGACAGAUUCUUAUAAAAAGCAUUUUAUUGCACCUAUCAAUAUAUUUCAAGAUGAGAUAAAGCUAGAAACUUCUGGGGGCUCUAUCAAUAGUUCAAUAGAAAACUUGAAACCCAACAGUAACGAAAUAACAAUAACCAAGUUCGAUUCAUUAAGAAAGACGCUUAGUAAAUCAUUUACCAAAGCACAAUUGAGAGACUAUAUUACAGAAACUUAUACCCAGACAAGCUUUAAAGGAACCAAGAAAGGUAUUUCGAGUAUAAACAAAGAUAAGCUCUCAAGAAUAAUCAUUGAAGAUAUAUGGGUGAUUGGAAAGUCAGACAAACUAUCAACGUUGGAAGAUUUAUUAAUCACGAACUCUGUGAAGUUGAGUAAACCGGAAUUAUUUUUGUUGUUACUGCAAAAUGGCUUCAUAUUGCAAUAUCUCUCCAGGGUAGGAGCAAAGGUAUCAUUUGAUACAGAGCAGGAAAAGAUUAAGUUUACAGGAACUGAAUAUCAGGUUACUAAUGCGGAAAUUAUCCUUAAUUUGAUCUUAAAUAAGUCACACAAGGAAACUUUGAACUUAAAUACAAUAAAACGAUUAUUCCUUGAAAAAUACAGUGAAUUUUCCUUAGAAAAGAUUGUUAAAAAUACUGAAGUGUAUUUUAACCAAUUGAAUAACGACAAUUAUGAAUUAUUUGCAUUAAACGAAAAUCAGAUUAAGAAAUCCAAACGAUUAUUAUUAUGGUCAUUGAAUUAUAAUAAGCACUUGCGUGAAAUGAUAGUCUUGCCAGAUAGUUUGGAUAAUUUAGAAUUUGUCCCUUACAAAGAUGAUGAUUCAUUAUCCUGGAAUAAUAGACAACUGAAUUUAUUUCUUUUGCGAAGCUUGAAAUUAAAAGAAGCUAGCGACUAUAUGAUCAAACAAUUGAAUAAAUACUCGGAUGAAAAUUUGAUGAAUAAUGAUUUAAACUUUGAAGAUUCUAUAGAAAAUGUUAAAUCAUUUCCACUUGGUAAACAAAAAUCUGAUGACCAACUAGAAAAGGAAAGCUGGAGGCUACUUAAUGAUUUAGGUAUUACAUUAGAUAAUUUUGAAGUAGAAGAAGAUAAGAAGGAUAUAUUGCAUGAAGAGGUGGAUGAAAAACCGAUUUCGAAACCGACAAUUGAGCCUAUUUAUGAGAAAGGUCCUCAAGAUAAGAAGGAGGAAUUAAUUUUAAGUGCUAAAAAGAAGGAAGAAGUAUAUAAUAAGUUGAUUGAUUUCAGCUACAGGAAUGAAUUAAAUGGCUUAAAGGGAGAUAAAUUAAACCAUCCAAUAUUUACAGUGACAUUAGGAAAUCUUUUAUUUGAGAAUACUUCUGAUUCACACAAUAAAUUGAUAGCGAAUAACCCUGAGAUGACAAGUCAAAUUGGUGAGAAUUAUAAAUUUAAUUCGAACAUCCAAUUGGUAAAUGAUAAGGUGUUAUCAUUACCGCCAUACAACAAUUUUUCACUUAAUCCACAAGAAAUUAAUCAUUACUUGAAUAAUGACCCGCACAAUUAUGUUAUUCAAUUGAAAUUCUUACCAUCCCCUUUUUUGGAUGAUAAAUUAAGUUCCAAGGAUAUAGAUUAUCAAAUGAAAUACCCCCCCGUGGAAAUUUGGAUUGAAUUGAACGAAAAAUCGAAACCUGAUAUUGAAACGAUGAAUAUAGUGACAGUAGAAGGUGAAAAUAAUUGUUACAUUUCAUUACCAAAUGAAAAGUCUGAUAUGAAGGUAUGUUGCCAAUUAUCGGGAGAUGUUCUAGGCCAGGAUAAUACCAAUGAAGUUACCGAGCCUGAAAGUGAAAAUAUUGAAGAUAUUUUGAAUGCAACAACAACUAGAUAUUCGAGGUUUGCUAGUCAGCCUGGGGUGUCAGAAUUUUUGAGGAACUCAAAACUAGACUUUAGUGGUAGGGUGGCUACUUCUAUAGCACCAUCCAUCGACCUUAUUAUAAAUGGUGAAACUGUCAGGUACCAUUACAUAAACGUCUCUUUUAGAAGACAAUUAGAUUUAAAUUAUGGACCACCUGAAAAUGGAAGAUUAGUUCAAUUUAAUUUAGUUGAAGGAGGGUCUUUGGGUGGAAGAAAGUUAGAAGUAAACCUAGUUGGAGAUAUAACUGGAGACUUGAAUAAAGAGCAGUUUGAUAGACUAAUCAACGAUUCAACAAGAUUAAUUAGCGAAUUGUGA